AUGUCGUUGCCGUCAGCUAAGGCCGCCGGAGCAGCAGCUCGCGACGCUGUUGCCACGCCUUCGCCCGGCUCUCUCGACGCGAGCCUGAUGCCUUUCCAGCGGGAGGGCGUGCGCCGCAUCCUGGCGUGGGACGGGCGCGCCCUACUCGGCGACGAGAUGGGUCUUGGCAAGACGCUGCAGGCCAUCGCGGUCGCUCGGCACUACCGGCGAGAGUGGCCGCUGCUCGUUCUCUGCCCGACGUCCAUGGCUCACACGUGGGCGGACGAGCUGGAGCGCUGGUGUCCCGAGCUCGUUCCCGGCCAGAUCAACCUCAUCAAGAGCCACCACAACGGCGCGCUCUCCUCCGCCGCCGUCACCAUCCUUACCUACGGGCUCGUCACCAACGGCAAGGAGAAGGAGCGGCUCGUCGCGAACGUGAUGGCCGCCGGCUUUGCGGUUGUGAUCGUCGACGAGGCGCACUACCUCAAGACGCGCGACUCUGUGCGCACGAAGCUCAUCCUCCCCCUUCUCGCGGCGGCGCAGCGCUGCGUCAUGCUCACCGGCACGCCCGCGCUCAACCGGCCUGUCGAGCUGUACCCGCUGCUCAGCACGCUGCGGCCGCAGCAGCCGGCGUGGCGCACGUACAGCGCCUUCGUGCAGCGCUACUGCGCCGCGAAGCCAACCUUCUUCGGCGGCCGGCGCGGGCUCGACGUGAGCGGCUCGUCGAACGAGGCCGAACUGUACGCGCUGCUCUGCGAGACGCUGAUGGUGCGGCGGCUCAAGGCCGAGGUCCUCGACGAGCUGCCUCCGAAGCAGAGGCAGCGCGUGCUCGUCUCGCUCCCGCCGCAGGCGCGGCUCGCACGCCUCACGAACGAGUCAAUCGGCGAACCGCUCACCCUUGCACCCUCCGCACCCCCCAGGCGACGCUCGCGCUCGACGCCAUCACCCGAGAGGCGGACCAGCUACCGAGCGGGCAGUCGUUCGAGCGGCGGAGCCUAA